AAAACACAGGGAUCAAAUCAACUCAGCAGGCAGAUUUUUUCUCUCUCCAGAUUUGUAUUUCUAAUUUCAAUAGGCAGCAUAUACAGUGCAUGGGUGUCUGAAUGAAUAAAAAACUAUUCAUCAUGGCACAGUAGAUUCCCGAAAGUAAAAAAAAAAAUCAGAUCUGAAAAGGUUUACAUCAUCCUUUUGUGAGAAAUACCCCAAAAUGCCGGUCAGUGCCAUUGCCAUGCUAGGGCGGGUUCAGCAGGGUCGCCUCUAGGACCCAGCAGUGCAGCCGGUCAGGUAGGCUCAGCUCGUAGACUAGAGAGAGGCAGACAAAGGCAGAGAGAGCUCGUGCCGCUAUCCUGCAGCAUCCACACCCACCCACCUCACUCCAAACGCUCCAGCGCGGACUUCCCAGAGCUCAGCACAACCAGCACCUCUCUACCACGGACCCUACCUGACAUCUGUCACCAUGGAGCUGGACUUCGGCCAUUUUGACGAGCGCGACAAGCCCCGUACCCCACGGGGUGGGCGCAUGAACGGGCUGCCUAGCCCCACCCACAGCGCCCACUGCAGCUUCUACCGCACGCGCACCCUGCAGGCCCUCACCAACGAGAAGAAGGCCAAGAAGGUGAGGUUCUACCGCAACGGAGACCGCUACUUCAAGGGCAUCGUGUAUGCCGUGGCCGUGGAACGCUUCCGCACCUUCGACGCCCUCUUGGCCGACCUGACGCGCUCGCUCUCCGACCACAUCAACCUUCCCCAGGGGGUCCGCUUCAUCUUCUCCAUCGACGGAAUGCGCAAGAUCACCACCAUGGACGAGCUGGAGGAAGGAGAGAGCUACGUCUGUGCGUCCGAGAACGUCUACAAGAAGGUCGACUACACGAAGAACGUCAACCCCAACUGGUCUGUGAAUGUGAAGGCCUCGGCCAGCCAGAAGAACCUGCAGAGCCUGGCCAGCAAGCAGGCCAACGAGGCCCGGGAGGGUAAGGAGUUUGUCCGCCCCAAGCUGGUGACGGUGAUGCGGAGUGGCGUGAAGCCGAGGAAGGCCGUCCGCGUGCUGCUCAACAAGAAGACAGCGCACUCCUUCGAACAGGUGCUCACCGACAUCACAGAGGCCAUCAAGCUGGAGAGCGGCGUGGUCAAGAGGAUCUACACACUGGACGGAAAGCAGGUCACCUGCCUUCAGGAUUUCUUUGGUGAUGAUGAUGUCUUCAUUGCCUGUGGCCCUGAGAAGUUCCGCUAUGCCCAGGAUGACUUCUCUCUGGAUGAGAAUGCGCUCUACCCCUCUGGAACCAAACCCAAAUCAGCCCAGGGGGCCUUUAAUAACCAAGAAGGGUGCAGGAUGAUGAAGAAGAAAGGUUCUAAGAGUCCAGGUCCGAUCCGGCGCAGCAAGUCUCCUGCUGAAUCGACCAACGGGACGGGCUCCAGCAGCCAGCUCUCUACCCCAAUUUCCAAGCUGUCCCCCACCUCCACCCCCAACAGCCCAGGCAUCCACCGCAAGCAGUCCCCCACCUCCACCCCCAACAGCCCAGGCAUCCACCGCAAGCAGAAGGAUCUCUACCUGCCCCUAUCUCUGGAUGAUGAUGAUUCUCUUGGCGAGUCUAUGUAGAGCCUCCUGUCUGUCUGUCUGUCAGUCAGCUGCUGCUGCCUGCCUGUCUCACCCAGGCCUACCUACCACUCAGAUGUAUCUCUGAUGCUCUCCACCUUCACUAACGGCCAGCGCCUUCUAGUGUUCCUGGAGGACUUCUCCAUUUGAUCUCUCCCUGGUGCCACGCGUUAAGUCUACCUGGCUUGGCCACCACGGCUGUUCCACCUUUUGCUGCUUGAGAAUUCACCACUAGAUCAUGUUUUUAUAUCCUAUGUUGUUAAGAAUGUAUAUGCUGGGCGUAUACGACAAUGAUGUACGAAUUACCGCCUCUAACAAAUUCACCAAAUCAUUAUAUUGUGUGAAGGUUCACUAUUACAUGUUUGUUGUUAUACUUUCAAAGGAGGGCACAUCAUUUAUUUACAAGCAAUUUCAAAAAGGCAGUUCCCACAAUAUAUCUACGGUGUCUUUUUAACUUGAAAACCAUGCAUCCUGAUAUAGUGCAAACAACACAUUUUCCAAAUUCAAGUGAAAAAUUCCAAGCAGCAAAUUGACUAUUUAUCCAGGGGUGUAGUAGUCAGACUUGAGUUAAAGUUUGAAUAAUGUCUCUCUGUCCAUCUCUCUUUCUGUGCUAUGGUUCAAGGUGUUAAAGUAAUGAACAUUUUUAGUUUUAGGGGAAGGCUCUUUAGCCAUGAGAGUUGAAUGUCCUUUUCAUCCGCUGUAAAUACUGUGUAUAGCCAUCGCUACAUCCCAGCUAAUGCCUAACAUUCAUGCUUCCAUCGAGCGUCAAUACAAUGUCUGCCAAACGUUGAAUCAACAUAACAUGUUUUUCAUCUAUCUAUGAGGGAAAAACACUGCAAGGCACAGGAGCCAAGAAGCUCUGAAACCGUUAGAGUAGGAGUACUGGGGAGAAGUCCUCUUAGUGUGUAGAAGCCAACCAACCAACCAACCAAAGCCAGAAAAUGUGGCCCUUUUUUUAAAAACAAACAAGCACAUCUUUUUUUAUUAAAAAAGGGUUUAGGAUUUUUAAGUCUAUUUUAGCAUGAUUAUCUUUCCUCCUUUUUCAAGCUGAUUCUAAGGAGACUUUAAUGUUCAUGUGAUGAAGCCAGGUGUACUAUAUUGAGGCAAGUUUUGAAUAAACGAGCAAUGUGGAAAUCUGAAAUGUAGAUAAUCUGUAAUGCCCCAGUAGAGUCAUACGUGUAGGCUACAUGUACUGUCUGUAUGUUACUGGGACCUCCCAUUAGUCCAAUUUGACCAGACCAUGUCCAUAUAGGGGAAAUAGAUUUUCACCAGCAUAGAAAAACAAUAAGUAGAGCUUCUCACAUUUUGCAUGACUAGAUCUUGUUUCUUUUUUUCUUAGUGCUUAAUGAUUGAAUACAACAUUUUUAGAUAGGAGGAAAUUGCAUUUUUGGAUUUGUUCAAAAAAAAAAGUUGAAUUUUAUUGUUGAUAAAAUGUUAAAAGUAAUAUACAUAUAUGUCUAAAACAAUAACACAUGAAUGGUUAUAAUAAUGUCAUGUUCCUGGAGAGAAUGUCCAAUGAAAUCUGAUGGACACAAUGUGUAAUGCAAAGGGAAUUAGUGCAGGCAUACAGGGCCAUUUUUCUGUGGCAGUCAUCACAAGGAAUAGUGACAUACUAGCCUAUUAGGUAGACAGACUAUGUAUUACGUAUGUCAGGUGUGCACCUCUCUCUGGAUCUACCUGACUCUGCAAAAAAAUCUGCUAAAUUGGACCCAAGUGAGCAGCGCAGCAACUAGACUCCUCCCACCCUCCUUCUGCAGGGUGAUGUCAUUGUGAUGUCCGCACUACAGCUAGUCCAACUGCAGGUCCACUUUUACCCCGUCUGGGAAUCAACACUGUGUAAAAUAAAACCUUAAGAGUUUGUUUUUCUUAUGUGGACAUUUCAGUUCGACUUUCUCAUCAGCUGUUUGAUAUCUUUUAUCUUUGCCCCAGAUUCUCUUCAGCUUAACAUUAAGUGUCAGUAGUUUUGUGUGAAGCUGCGGUCACCAUGUCAGACAGAAGGUGGCAACCACCUCUCAGCUCCAGUGUUGCCUUUUUUGGGGGGGAUAAAAAAAAAGAAUAAUAAUAAAGAGGAAAACUAAGACUUGUUCUUUGUUAACCAACUGUAAAUCUUUUUUAAAUGUCUUUGUAGCGCUGCGGUCAGCGCAGUGUGAACUCUCAUUGUUUGUAGACUGCCAGGAUAAUAACUUUAUCAUGGUGCAAAUGUAUUGUUCUCUUUAUGACUUGGGUUACUGGGAAAUGUACAAUGUCUUUGAUGGUGUUUUUUGCAAUGUCACAGUGGCUUGUUUCAGUGCUUCGUUCUAUGUAUUAAUCAAUUCCCUUUUGCAAUUAAAAGAGUUGUGUUCCACCUCC